CAGAGAAACAGCAGAGUGUCAGCUAAGAAAUCUCCUCCCCAGCUUUGCCAUGGGCUGCUGUAAGAAUAAGAAAAGCAACACCUGGACUUUUCCCACCCUGAUCCUCUGCCUCUAUGGAUUCUUCUACAUGAUGAAGCCAUCAGAACCUUUUCUAGCCCCUUACCUAACUGGACCAGAUAAAAACUUGACAAUAGAUGAGGUUACCAACCAGGUUUUCCCAGUUUGGACAUACUCCUACCUCGCGCUCCUUGUCCCCGUCUUCCUGAUUACUGACUACGUGCGCUACAAGCCCAUCCUCCUCCUCCAGGGCAUCAGCUUCAUUGUCACGUGGCUCCUGCUCCUCUUUGCACAGGGGCUGGUGGCCAUGCAGGUGAUGGAAUUCUCCUACGGGAUGGUGACAGCCACCGAGGUUGCCUACUACGCCUACAUCUACAGCGUCGUCAGCGCUGAUCGCUAUCAGAGAGUGACGAGCUAUUGCAGGAGUAUCACUCUCGUUGCAGCCACCCUUGCUGCUGUGCUGGGACAGCUCCUGGUUUCCUUAGCAGACGUAUCCUACUUCCACCUCAAUGCCAUUACUCUGGCCUCUGCGUCCUUGGCCUUUGUGUGCUCCUUUCUCCUCCCAAUGCCUCAAAAGAGCAUGUUCUUCCAUAGGAAAGGCCCCUCAGAAACCCUCCCACAACCAGACAAAGCUGUGGCUGGGCUCAGUUCCAACACGUCAUUGAGCUGCCAAGCGGACAAGGACUGCGCAGCUGCUGACACGGGAGCGACUCCAGCGCAGCAGGCUCAGCAGCCCGAGCCCCAGCACCACGUGCUGAGAGUACUGGUGCAGCUGGGCAAGGACCUGAAGGAUUGCUACAGCUCUAGGAAGCUGCUUUACUGGUCCCUGUGGUGGGCUUUGGCUACGGCAGGCUUUAACCAAGUUGUGAACUACAUCCAAGUGCUCUGGGACUUCCGAGCCCCAUCUCACAGCUCUGCAGUGUACAAUGGAGCUGUUGAAGCAGUGGCAACAUUUCUGAGCUCUGUAGCAUCUUUCAUGGUAGCAUAUAUGAAAAUGAACUGGGACCUAUUUGGAGAACUGGCAUUAGGAAUCUUCUCCAUAAUGGAUGCUGUUUCUUUAUUUCUCAUGCACUUUACCACCAAUAUCUGGGUGUGCUAUGCCAGCUACCUAAUUUUCAAGGCGAGCUAUAUGCUCCUUAUAACAAUAGCAACGUUCCAGAUCGCAGUCAACCUGAGCAUGGAGCGUUAUGCUUUGAUGUUUGGGCUGAAUAACUUCAUUGCACUGGUGAUUCAGACCAUCCUUACAGUAGUUGCUGUGGACUCAAGAGGCCUGGGACUGGACAUCGUGACUCAGUUUUUAAUUUAUGGCAGCUACUUUUCAGUCAUAGCUGGGAUUUUCUUGAUCAGAAGCAUUUGCAUGCUUGUCUCAAGAAAGCGCAACAGGAAAACAGUGAGAUUUUGGGAAGUGCCUCAGAACCCCACUGAACAUGAAUCAAAAGAGCAGACUGUAACUGGCUGUGCGACACGGCUGUAAGAGUUGGGCAGACCGCUCACGUGGCCAGCCCUCGUGAGAGAAGAGCUCCUGCUGCAGCAUACAGGGAACCACUGUGCAAGAGGAACUUACAACGCAGCCCCGAAAAGCUACGCUGAAUCAUUGCAGCACUUCCUUGCAACGUAUGCCAGCUAAGAUCAACAUAAUGGCACUGUACCAAGAAUAAAAGAUAAGUUACUUUAGAAUCUUAUUUACUUUCCUAUAAAUAGCUUGAUAGCAGUAGUUUAGACAUAAAAAAAAAAAGCACAGUAACCACCUUGGCGUUAUGCUGUGCACAGUUGGAAAGAUCGGAGUUCGCUCUGCUUCCUUGUCUAAUUCUUGCAACCAGUGUUGCCAAGCUGCUUCCAUGCGCACUUGCUCGUGAGUGCACAUGAGCCUAUUCUCUACUUCUGCCCUUUGCAUGUACCUUACUCUGAGCUGAGGAGGAAGAUAUUGCAUCAUUAUACUCUCUCCUACCCAAAGACAGGCAUUCAGUGGUAGAUGACUCCCUUCUAAUUCAAAAGCCCACCACAGAAGCAGGCGUUGUGCACACAAAAGCUCAAAGGCAGUUUGCACAACCUUCAAAACUCUGCAAUGCCACAGUUACUGUAUUAUCCUUGUCUGAAAGCAGCAACCUAAGCGGUGCACUGAAUUCACAGCGAUCUCAGCAUGGAAGGGUAAAAAAAAUUUGGAUUCAAAUCUCCACAGACCACUGAAGGUUGGCCGUGUCCCUUUGACUUCCACACUUAAGAUAUUUAUAAACAUUAAUAAGAUCC